CCACCGAAGAGCUACCCCAAUUGAAAUUUUGCAAAUUUAUGGCAAGCAAAUGAGAUAAUGUUGGUCCAAAACAAGAAGUCAAUACUCAAAACAACAGUAUGGUGAUGGUUCUCAAGGAAAUACAGUCCACAACUUGAAACAGAAGCAAGGGUCAGGUCAAGAGCAGGUCCAAGUUUAGAAGUUGCAGUUAGAGUGGAACCAAAAACUCUAUCUUCACUUGUUCACAUGGUAACUAGGAACCUGUCUUGCAGUGGUAUUUAUAAUUCCAUUUGCACAGAUCUUGUUGACAGGCAUCAGCCAUGUGAACUGUGAAGAGGGUACUGCCCUUUUCUUUUAGGUCCAAUGGGGUUGUGUGCAUGUGCCUUACUCCUUGGUUAGGUCUUUUCUCUCCAGUUUUUAUACCAAUAAUACCCAAAUCAUUUCUUGGAAGCACCAACAUCCAGCAUAAACAACUCUCCCUCUCCACAAAAUAUCAUUUAAAAAAGAAAAAGAAAUCAUUUUUCGCAUAUAAUACAAACAUUCGUGCCUUGAAUCUUCGAGGGUCGAGUUCAAAUAUCUGUUGAGUCAAAGUGGUUGGCUCAGUAAAAAAACUUUUGGGUUAAAAUAUUUUUGCUCAUUUAAUUUCUCUGUAAUGCUUUUAUUACCCUCAGGGAUUAGAGUAGGGUCCUCUCUUCCUUGUAGGGUGCAUGGUUUGGUCUAUCUGGCUAUCCUCCCCCCAUCCGGCCAUCCCCCCUUUGAUGUUCAUGUACACGCUUAUAUAUAUAUGCACACAUGAGCAGCGAGCAAGGCCAUACCAUUUACAGCUCUCUGUGAAGUGGGCUUGGAGUUUUUUUCAUUGAAAGCAUCAAUGGCUGUUUUCAUAGUGUUUCUUGUGAUAUUUCUCUUGCUGCUCUGUAUCUCCUCUGCUUUGUUGAGAUGGAAUGAGGUGAGAUACAGGAAGAAAGGCUUGCCUCCAGGUACUAUGGGUUGGCCAGUUUUUGGAGAGACUACCGAGUUUUUAAAGCAAGGUCCAAACUUCAUGAAAAAUCAGAGAGCAAGGUAUGGCAGUUUUUUCAAAUCCCACAUUCUUGGAUGCCCUACUAUUAUCUCCAUGGAUCCAGAGCUGAAUAAGUACAUUCUCAUGAAUGAAGCAAAAGGGCUUGUUCCUGGUUAUCCUCAGUCCAUGCUAGACAUCUUAGGCAACUGCAACAUUGCAGCGGUUCAUGGCUCCACUCACAAGUAUAUGAGAGGUGCACUUCUUAGCCUCAUUAGCCCCACCAUGAUCAGACAACAACUUUUGCCCACAAUUGAUGAGUUCAUGAGAAAUCACCUCAGCCAUUGGGAUAACAAAAUCAUUGACAUCCAACAGAAAACCAAAGAGAUGGCACUUCUCUCCUCACUAAAGCAAAUUGCUAGCCGUGAUUCUAGCUCAAUGUCUCAAGCUUUUAUGCCUGAGUUUUUCAAGCUGGUUUUAGGCACUCUUUCAUUGCCAAUCGACCUUCCUGGCACAAAUUAUCGUCGGGGAUUUCAAGCUAGGAAGAGUAUUGUGAGCAUGUUGAGACAACUAAUAGAAGAACGAAGAGCAUCGAAAGAAACCCACCAAGACAUGCUUGGUUGCCUGUUGAAAAGUGAAGAGAGCAGAUACAAAUUAACUGAUGAAGAAAUAAUUGAUCAAAUAAUCACCAUUUUGUACUCAGGUUAUGAGACAGUUUCUACUACUUCAAUGAUGGCCGUCAAAUACUUGCAUGAUCACCCCAGAGUUCUCCAAGAACUAAGAAAAGAGCAUUUAGCAAUUAGAGAAAAUAAAAGGCCUGAGGAUCCUAUUGACGUAAACGACCUUAAAUCUAUGCGUUUUACUCGUGCGGUGAUUUUUGAGACCUCAAGAUUGGCUACAAUUGUUAAUGGGGUUUUGAGGAAGACCACUAAAGAAAUGGAACUAAAUGGAUUUGUGAUUCCAGAAGGGUGGAGAAUCUAUGUCUAUACUAGGGAGAUAAACUAUGAUCCCUUCUUAUAUCCAGAGCCAUUAUCCUUCAAUCCAUGGAGAUGGCUGGAGAAGAGCUUGGAAUCUCAAAACUACAUGUUCAUUUUUGGAGGAGGAACUAGGCAGUGUCCUGGAAAGGAACUGGGAAUUGCAGAAAUCUCUGCUUUUCUUCACUACUUUGUAACUAGAUACAGAUGGGAAGAAGUUGGGGGAGACACUCUAAUGAAAUUUCCAAGAGUUGAAGCACCCAAUGGGCUACGCAUCAGAGUCUCGUCUUGCUAACUAAUCCAUGAAUGUACAUAAGAGAUAUAUAGCAAUUAUCAGAAAAGUGGAUAGGGAUGUAAAAUGUUGUUCUAACAGAUAAGAAAGCGAGGACGCUGAACAUUUCCAUUUUUGGCAAUGAACAACUUGUGAUCUUCUUCUUCUUCAAA